AUGCCUCGCUUGUCGUUUACUGGCGACUCGGACGUAGACACAACGCCACACCUGCACCGGGAAAGAAUGGCCGAGGGGAUACCAAAGGAGGUAUUGAUGAACACAACCCUCAUCAAUAAAUUGGCAGAAGUGGCUAAAGAUGCAGCACUCCUCCAUGGUGUCAUCAUGAGGGCCAACGAGUCCCCCAAUUCAUCAGAGCUGGUGACGUACGCUCCCCUCACACUCUUCCCCACGCCUGUGCCCAAAGCCAUUUUCCUGCAAGCUAAGGCGGUGCAAACUCUUUACAACACGCUGGUGGAUAAGAUCAGCCAGGAUCCUGACUUCCUGCAAGACAGUCUAGCGAGUACCAUUGCUGUCGAUGAUUUCACUGCACGGCUGUUCAAAAUCCACCAGCAGAUCCUUCAGGAAGGAAGAUCGCAGUCCAUUGUGUUGGGUCUGAAUCGAUCCGACUACAUGUUGGACCAGAGGGAGGACGGUUCCACGUCUCUGAAGCAGAUCGAGAUCAACACAAUCUCCGCUAGUUUUGGAGGCCUCGCCUCACAUAUGCAUGAUGUGCACCGACACACCCUGAAGGUGGCUGGACGACAGGGGGAGAGCCAACGCAUCUUAGACAACAACCCUGCGGUGGGUCUGGCUCAUGGUAUCGCUAAGGCCUGGGAGCUUUAUGGAUCAGAUCGAGCAGUUGUCAUGUUCUUGGUGGAGACCAAGCAGCAGAACAUCUUCGAUCAAAGAUUUAUAGAGAUCGAGUUGUGGAAAAGGAAUAUUCCCACUUUCAGAAAGCGUUUUGAAGAUGUUUCACAAUCUGGAAAACUUGACAAGGAUAAGAAACUGUUUGUUGAUGGUCAGGAGGUCGCAUUGGUGUACUUCAGGAAUGGCUACAUGCCUCAACACUACACGUCUGAACAGACAUGGGAGGCUCGCUUGAUGGUUGAGCGCUCCUUGGCGGUGAAGUGUCCAGAUAUCAACACCCACCUUGCUGGGACGAAGAAGGUCCAGCAGGUGCUCGCCAAAUCUGGAGUUCUGGAACGGUUCUUUCCCGAUCAGCCGCAAACUGUGGAGCAACUCAGGGCUACCUUUGCUGGCCUUUAUAGUCUUGACAUGGGACCAGAGGGUGACAAAACGGUGGAGAUGGCUCUGGCGACACCAGACAGGUUUGUCCUGAAACCCCAGCGAGAAGGAGGAGGGAACAACAUUUACGGAGAAGAGAUCUGCGAAGUUCUGCACAGAGUGAAGGGCAAUUCUGAGAGGACAGCCUACAUUCUGAUGGACAAAAUCCAUCCUAAACCGAUGCAGAACUACCUGCUGAGAAGAAACUCUCCCCUCACAAUCAGCAGCUGUCUCAGUGAAUUGGGCUUCUUUGGAGUCUAUGUCAGGCAGGGUAAGGACAUGGUGAUGAACGACUGUGUGGGACAUCUGCUGAGGACCAAGAGUUCAGAGCAUUCAGAUGGUGGCGUUAAUGCAGGUGUUGCUGUGUUGGACAACCCUCUGCUCUACUGAGAAGGUGCAUCUUUACCUGUGUGGACUUUCACGACACCAUUCUUAUUUCACUACCUCAUGCAAAGGGAGCAAUGUAAGCAACAUUAACAUCAGACCAGUCAUUUUAAAAAGGGCAAUUUUUGGUUUUUGGUACAGAAAAACUAUUUUGAAUGCAAAUCAUGAAUAUGUUCUGUCUCAAAUGAUAAUAAUACCUAUAAUCAUAGUAAAAGCUUUACGGUUGAAAAGUAAACGAUAUUGCUAAGUUGCAACCACGUGUCUUCGGGCUGCAGCCAUCAAUUAUUUUAGUGAUCUAUCCAGUAAUCGAUCUUGUUCGAUGUAUUGAUUAUUUCGAGGGAACAUACUUUAUAGACUCAAUGCUAGAGAUGUCCGAUAAUAUUUAUCGGCCGAUAAAUGCUUUAAAAUGUAAUAUCGGAAAUGAUCGGUAUCGUGGAAUUAACACAUUAUUAUGCCUAAUUUGGACAACCAGGUAUGGUGAAGAUGAGGUCCUUUUUAAAAAAUGAAAUAAAAUA